AUGCAUCUGUCAUUACAGAGUGAAGCAACCCUGGAUCAAGAAACCAGGGAUCUGUACAAGGAGCUUUGUUCAGCCACAAAACAAGGCGAUCUAGAAAAGACGGAAAGUCUUGUCAAGAGUUUUGGCGCCCCUAUUAAUUUUGUCGACGAGUGGCAGUGUUCCCCCUUGUAUUGGGCUUGUUUAUGUGGCCACUAUGAGGUGGUCAAGUUUUUGCUGGAGAAUGGCGCCCAGUGCGAUCGAAACACAUUUCAAGGCGAGAUUCGCAACUUGCUACUGUCAUAUAAACUCACCAAGGCUAUCGACGAGAACCAACCUUACUUGCAGUUCCUUUCCGGACUGCUGGCCAAACCGGACUACAAGGAUUUGACAUUUACUAUUCCCCUAGCCGAUCAAGACGGGGCAGCGUACCGCGAGUUUUCUGUUCAUCGAUUUGUGCUCGCUGCACGCUCGGAAUUCUUUCGUCUUCGGCUAUUGACUCGCUGGCGAGGCAAUACGCGCAUUUCAUUGCAAGCGACGUUGGUGGAUUCGGUGUCGUUUGCAGCUAUUUUGGGAUUUCUGUAUACAGGUCAUAUUGGCGAUCUUGAACCGUCAGCCCUCGACAAUGCGGUCUUUGUCUGCAAACAUCUGGAAUUGUGGAAUGCCGUCGAGCGAUUCCGGGACAUUCAGGAGGACACGCAAAACGCCGACCGUUCGCACGACAGCAAGGAAAUCGCAAGGAUACGAGGUGAUCUGGGAGCGUGCCUUGCAUGUUUGAUAGACACAGCCGUCAAGAUUCUACCGGGAUCGAAUGACAAAUCGUAUAUCGUAUCGGAGCGUUUUGUCCAUACGGCGGUACCGCGGGAUCCUUUGUCCACGUUUGCGGACGUGGCGGUACGGUUGGACGAUGUGGUGUUUCCCUGUCACAAAGCUUGCCUGGUCCGAUCCGAGUAUUUUGAGGCUAUGCUUGGCGGCAUGUUUUCCGAGGCAGAGAUGGACGCCAGCUCCAUCCAGUUUGAAGAUGGCAACUGUUUAACGGUGCCAAUGUUGCAGGUCCACGGUAUAGAUGCUGAUUUAUUCCCACACAUACUCGAAUACAUGUAUACGGACCGCUGCAUGGUUCCGGCGGAACUGGCUUACGAGCUAAUGCUUGCGGCGGAUAUGCUGCUACUCGAUCGUUUGAAAGGCAUUGCUGCCAUUGUUUUGACGAAUCAGGAAGAACCCGUGAUGGAUAUAUACCAACUCAUUCGUACCGCCGUUGAUUUAAAUAUUGAUCGUUUGGAGCAAUGGUGCAUCAAAUAUUUUGCCGAACAUUUCGACGACUUUAUUCACAAGGAAGAGUUCAAAGCAUUAAUUCUUGAAAGUGCCGAAUCCAUUGCUGGACGUCAAGAAACAGACACUAUCCCCUUUGUUGAUGAUUUGCGAUACUUUUUGAGCAAAAAGUACAGUGUCGAUGAGGAAGACAUCAACGAGGACGGCACGAUGAAUGAAGAGUAUCGCGAUACGUGGACCGAAUUGAUACUCCAAUAUAGAAGUAAACUGACUAUUCUAGAUGACGUCUUGGUCUCGCUUGGAUUGGAAGCGUAA